AUGGCAAAUCUCUGUGACAAGAGCGCGCAUGUAGAUACAAGACAAAAUCAAGAAUAUGCUGCCCAAGUGACAAACACAUUUGGAAUGAAUCACAGAAGAUCGGCACGAGAGAAACAGCAAGGGGUAGAUAUAACUCCGCAUGUGGCUGGAGGAAUUGUCUUCGCAAAGUGUCUGAAAGGCGAGAAUAUGAACGCAAUGGUCCUUGAGGCUGUUGUUCGAGAACUUCUCAGUGAAACUGACAAGGCUGCUUACAAUGAAGGUAGACCUAUUUCUAUCAACUACAGCAUGCUCAGAAAUUUGAUUGCCGAUGAUGUAGUCAGCAGAUGGAAGAAGGAGCACAUAGACAAACCACUCAGUGAAGAAAGAGAAAAAGUUGUUCGAAAAACAUUUCAGCCAAUAUCUGAAGCAACAUUUGUUCAGAAGAAACGAGGAUAA